AUGGAUAACAGCACAGGUAAUGUGAGUGAACUACCUCGGUAUAGUGUUAACAUUGAUGACCCUACUGAUUGCUUGUUGGAGUUGGAGCCAACAUUGCAUAUGUGUUUUGACACAAUGGAAGAAGCAAAUUUUUUUUACAGAAACUAUGUAAUUAAAUGUGGAUUUGGUGUACGCACAAGAAGUUCUAAAAAAGAUAACAACAACAAUGUCAACUACUUGAGAUUAGUUUGCUCAAGGGAAGGGAAAUAUGUGUCUUCAAUCAAGCUCGAGGUGAAAACACUUGCUAACCAAACCAACCAAUGUCCAGCUGGCAUAACCAUUGCAAGGAAGGAUGAUAAAUGGUUUAUAAGGACUGUUGUCCUAGACCACAAUCAUGAUCUAUGCCCAAAAACCUCCAAGCUAAUUCCUAGCAAUAGGAAAUUGAGCAUGCAAGCUAAACGCACAUUGGAGGUCAAUGAUGAUGAUGGAGUCCAGAUUAAUAAGAGUUUCCUUAGCAUCGUGAGCGAUGCAGGACGAUUUGAAAAUAUGGACUUCAUCAAGCGAGAUGUGCGAAACUACAUUGGCCAACCUAGAAGAUCGUUAUGUAAGGAUGGUGACGGUCAAGCGCUCCUACGACACUUUUCAUCAAUGAAAGAUUUAAAUAACGAUUUCUUUUAUGACAUUGCAUUGGAUGAAGACAAUAAAAUUUGUAGUGUGUUUUGGGCAGAUGCAAGAACUCGAGCCGCUUGUGAAGAAUUUGGUGAUGUCGUGUCUUUCGACACCACAUACUUAACAAAUAAGUAUGACAUGCCUUUUGCGCCUUUCAUCGGAGUUAACCAUCAUGGUAACUCCAUUUUACUUGGUUGUGGAUUGUUGUCGUCUGAAGACACUGCCUCUUUUGUAUGGUUAUUCCAGUGUUGGCUAAGAUGCAUGCGUAAUAAGCCACCAAUUGGGAUUAUAACUGAUCAAUGUAGGGCAAUGGCGAAUGCCAUCCAAGAAGUAUUUCCAAAUACUAGGCACAGAUGGUGUUUAUGGCACAUAAUGAAAAAGUUGCCUGGAAAAUUUCAAGGUUAUAAACAAUAUCUGGCCAUCAAAACUGAUCUGAACAAGCUUGUCUAUGACUAUGGUUGUCCAACGGAAUUUGGGAGUGGUUGGGAAGAACUACUAAUGAGGCAUGGAUUACAGUAG